AGUCGGUGGUGGAUCUAGGUAAAUACUACCACGUUGUGUAUGAAUAGACUGGCUUCGAACUUUGCAUGGACAACACCUAUAUGGCUAUUAAUGCUUAGUAUACCAGGAUGUGAAAUUCGAUGACGUCGAUAUUUUUGUAUGAAGUUGAACCACACUUUAUCCUUAUUUCAGUACAUUUAAUUUGCUCCGGCCUUCUUGGAAUAUCAGAUAACCAUGUUGACGAAAAAUGGUAAGCCGAUGAUAUCACUUUGCUUGGCAAUACUUUCUGGUUUUCUAAUCGCCGGUUUAUUCAGAUUCGAUCUUGCUCGCUUCUCCUCGGCAGCGAAUAACUUAGAUUCCCCCCUAAUUGCUCAUUAUAUGUCAGAACCAAACGCGGAGGAGGAUGGGAUUAAUGAAAACCCACCAGAAGUUCAUAGGGAAAGGUCUCCCCCAUUUCAAAAUAAAACUUGGCAUUCAAAAGAAAGAUUACCUUGUUACCGUCAGAUCCAAGUAUGGAGGGGCAAAAGUCGCCCUUCAACGCCAGUAAAAUCAGAAUGCCCAGGUCUGAAGUGUGGGAUAAGUUUUGUCGAGGACACAAGUUAUAAGACUUUGGAGAAUAGUGAUGCAGUAGUUUUCUUUCAUAGAUCGAACUGGGAUUGGACAAAGUUGCAGAGAAGACGGCCACUAAAUCAAGCUUGGGUUUUUUAUUCUUUAGAGAGUCCUCGGCACACGGGGGGAAACGCAAUUCCACCCGUUGAACUUGAUCGAAUAUACAACUUUACGAUGUCGUAUAGACCAUCGUCAACGAUUCACAGUCCGUAUGGUCUUUAUGAUAAAUCAAUACCACAAAUAUCAUCAGGGGAAAGUCGGAAUUGGGCAAAGGAAAAAAGCUCUUUGGUAGCAUGGGCUGCAUCCAAUUGCGGGGUAGCAUCCUGGCGCCGUCAUGAUUUUGUAAAAGCACUUGCAAAUCACGUCAGAGUCGAUAUGUAUGGUCCUUGUGGAACAUUAGCUUGCGGCAGAUAUUCAGACGAUUGCUGGAAUAAAAUCAAGGCUCACAAAUUUUAUUUAUCAGUGGAGAACAGCGAAUGCAGGGACUACAUCACUGAGAAAUUCUGGUAUAACGCGCUCAUGCAUGACAUUGUACCCAUCGUCUACGGUCCACCGCGGGAAGAUUAUGAGCGCGUAGCGCCACCAAAUUCUUUUAUACAUUUACACGACUUCAGUAGCUUUCAUGAACUGGCAGAUUAUAUUAAUCUUCUAGAUUCCAAUGAUACCUUGUACAAUUCCUAUUUUGAAUGGAAAAAACAUGGUUCGGUUAGAAGAGUAGGGGAAGGGGUUGCUCUAAAUCCACCAUUUCUGUGUAAAGUGGUCUCGAAGGUAUUGGAUCAUGAACAAAAAGUACAUGAUGGUCUUCAGCAGGAAGAAGUGCACCCUUCAAUCCACGAUUAUUGGUCAACUUCGUGCCACAAACCGACUGGAUUUCCUCAUGAUUUCUAAAGUCUGUAGAACAUGAUACCACUAAUGACAAUGUCGAUUUUGAUGGCGAUUCGUGCUUAUGGCGACACUGACGACAGUGAUGAUGAAGCAAUAAAUUGUCGAUCACUCUUUUUUUUUUGCAAAGGGUGGUAACCAAACGUAUGAAUAGAAAGUUUCUGCACUGGGAAACAGAACUCAUUCCAGAACAUAAAAUUGUACAGAAAAUUCUCGCGAAAUGACAAUGAACAGCUGGGAGGUCAUUGUCCAAAAUUUGGCUAACCGGAGCAGCAGAUCGUCCUAAACUUCA